AUGGAAACGAUCGAAGGCACAGCCACUGCCCGCGCCACGUGCUGCGGCGCCAGUGCGCCGAGUCUCAAGCGCGUUGUGCUCAACCCGCGCGCGUACCUCACGCCGUUCGUAGCGCUCGUGCUGUGCCACCACCUGCCGCUGCUGCUCGCGUACGGACUGAUCGACGCGCCCGACAGAGGCGACGACGGCCCGUGCGCGCGCCUCGACGAGCUCUUUCACUGGCUCUACGUCGCCUUCUUCCACCACCUCGUGCUGGCCGCGCUCAUGGUCACGGCCGUCGUCUACACGCUCUCCACGCGCGUGUACCACGAACGACGACCCGAGGGCUGGCUCAUUCUGUUGAUCUUCUUGGGGUACGGGGCGAACGCGGGCUGGGCAGCGUACGGCGAAGCUGGGUUUCGCACCGACACGAGCGCGUGUGGAGACACGAACUGGGAGCAAGUCCAAGACCGCGCCGACGCGAUCGGCCACUGCCAGCACUUUGACUUUGUGUUUACGCUCGCUGUCAUUGCUGCCGGCACGUGCACGUCGUACAUGUGUGGCGUGCACAGUGGCGACGACGUGGCUGAGGCCGAGACGCGCUGGCAGAACCGCUGUCUGUGCUGCUUCCAUGCGUUCACGUGCCACAAGACCGUGGAGCACGCAGGAGACGUGGACGUGUUUGAGUCGCUUGGCCGCAUGCUGGGCAAGUUCUUUGUCGUGCGGUACAAGACGAACCGGUACGAAGGCUUGAGCUUCACUGACUUGAUGUUCAGCCUCGACCUUGUGUCGAAAGUGCAAGAGAAGGAGCGCGAGUGCGAGACGAAAGAGAGGGCUGAGCUGGCAGCGCAGGGCAUUCCGACUGUGCAGCACUUUGCCGCGGAUGAAGAAGAGAAGCGGCUGGGAGAGGUGGCAUUCUACUGUCGAUUGGCGAUCGGCAUCUACGGCUGGCCCAUCUACGUGUGGUACUCGCCGUGCUACUGGUUUCGGAUCUUCGGGUGCUUCAAGAAACCCCUAGACGACCAGGUCUUUGAGCACGACAACUUCGUACAUGGCAACCGCUCGAGCUUCAUCCACUACACUGGCGUCAAGGACGCGGAUCUAGUGUACCUCAAUUGUCGGAACUUUGUGUUCCAGGCGCCGUACAGCAUUGUCAGGGACAAGGAACGCAAGGAGCUCAUCAUCAGCGUGCGUGGCAGUAUGUCGUUCUAUGACUUUGUGACGGACGGAUUGGCGCAGAUCGUGCAGAUGGAGCCCAGCGAACUGCCGGAUGACAUUCCGUACGCAUUCGACACUCGGACGCACAUGGGCAUGCUCCGAACAGCACGGCAGAUAUUCAAGGACCUGCAGGAAGGCACGCGGAAGGUCGUGUUCUGGGACUUUGCAACGGCCAACUGCUCCGUCAGUGGCUCGACGGCCGACGAGGAAAAGGGGUGGAAGAUUGUGGUCUGUGGACACUCGAUGGGUGCGGGCGUCGGCUGCAUCCUCGCCAUCUUACUGCGCAAGAUCUUCCCCAAGACGCGAGCCUUUUUGUACGCAACGCCGCCGUUGUUCGACCCUGACACAGCAGCGUGGACGAAGGCGUUUGCGACGACUGUGGUGUACGGCGACGACAUUGUGCCACGACUGUCUAUCUCGAACAUGACGCAGUUGCGCGAUGAGAUGGCGACUCACUAUGAUGCCGUGGCGGAUGAACCGCUGUUCAAGGUCAAGUACGGCGCUCGCGGGAAGCUGAAAGAGUUAACGGAAGAACGGCAGCAGCCCGUGGCCGCUGUGGGUCCAGAGGCGAGCACUUGUCGAGUCGUGGGCAGCCUUCCUACAGUGCUGGAAAACGCGCCUCCUACGAACACCGGCGACACAGCAGUGGACACAAGCUCAAGGUCUCUGGCCAGCACGUGUCCGUAUCAGAUCAACAGCUUGCGCGGGCCGACGGACUUUGGCUCUUCAGCCCUCAACGUCAUUAGUCGGCCGUCUCGCGAGCUCAGCAACUCGACGAUGAUCACGCUUCCACAGGAAGACUCGACGCAAGAAGUGGACGUGCCCGGUGAGAUUGUCCACAUUCAGACCGUGAAGAUGGCGCGUCGUUGUGGCUGCACUGUCUUUCUCGGCGAGCAGAAGCUGCAGUACACGCUCCGCGACGCGAGCUACUUCCGCCGCAUUUGGGUCACGCCCCGUGCCUUGCAGGACCACAUGGUGCACCAUUACGACCGCAAGAUCCGCUACCUCGUGAGCGACUGCAUGGACUUUGAGACCCCUGAGGCAGCCCAUCGGCCUAGUGCCAGUGCACCCGCCAGUGCUACUGGGGCCUUCUGGGUUGACGGCAUUGACUUUGACGAGAACGCCAAGACCCCGGGCACGCCUUUGACAGACUACAAGGAAAUCGCUGUUGUCGUGUGA